GGGGAGCGCGGCCGCGGCGGCUCGCGGCUGCCUCUGCGCCCGCCUGGGAGCGAAGGGUGUCCCGGGCUUGCCGCGUUUCUCCGCCCAGCCAGCUUCGGCCUUCUGCCUCUCGCCGCCCGGCGCGUCCCGCGCCUCUCCUGCCGCCUCCGCGCAGCCCUGGCGGUGCGAGGCAUGAAGCUGAGCAAAGCCCAGUACGAUGAGAUAGCCCAGUUCCUGGGGCACGUGCAGCCCACCCGGCAGAGCCUGAGGAAGCUGAAGGAGAAGUUUCCUAGUCAAUCGCAGUCCACUCUGCUGAGCAUCUUCUCCCAGGAGUACCAGAAACAAAUCAAAAGAACACAUGCCAAGCAUCAUACUGCUGAAGCUAUCGAAACUUACUACCAAAGGUACCUGAAUGGGGUGAUGAAAAAUGCAGUUGCCCCAGUAUUACUGGACCUGGCCAAUGAGGUGGACUUUGCCCCAUCAUUGAUGGCUCGUAUUGUGUUGGAAAGAUUUCUACAAGAAAAAGAGCAAGCCAUCCCCUCCAAAACUCUUAUAAAUAGUAUGCUGCGGGACCCUUCUCAGAUUCCAGAUGGAGUGCUAGCAAAUCAAGUCUAUCAGUGUACUGUGAAUGACUGUUGUUAUGGACCACUGGUGGACUGCAUCAAACAUGCUAUUGGGCAUGAGCACGAAGUCUUGCUGCGAGAAAUGCUUUUGGAAAAAAACCUCUCUUUCAUAGCUGAAGAUCAGCUUCGUGCAAAGGGUUAUGACAAAACACCAGACUUUAUUUUAGAAGUACCAGUAGCUGUGGAAGGACACAUAAUUCAUUGGAUUGAAAGCAAAGCCUCAUUUGGUGAUGAAAGUAGCCACCAAGCCUACUUACAGGACCAGUUUUGGAGCUACUGGAACAGAUUUGGCCCUGGAUUAGUCAUCUACUGGUACGGAUUUAUUGAAGAGCUGGACUGCCAUCGUGAACGUGGCAUCCUGCUAAAAGACUGCUUCCCUACUGACAUUGUGACUCUGCGCCACAGCACGGCUCAGCGCUGAUGUUGGGAGGAAGAGGUACUGAGCGAAUUUCUGGCACAUUGAAGUCCAAAAGAACAACGUGCAGGAGUUUUCUAUGUGAGUUAUUUCUGAAGGAUUUCGCCAUCCUGGUAUUCAAGAAGAGGAAUUUUAAAAAAAUGAUAAAACAGUGCUUCAUACUGGAUCAGUUUCACAAGACAAAUAAAGCACACAAAUGGACAGAAGUUUCCUGUGUACUUGUUUCCUUGCAAGAGCCUUGUUUUUCUCUUCUUAGAACCACCAAGAUCAGAAGUUCAUUGAGGUGGGUGUUAGCCCUUCUUGAAGUUUUGAGUUCAGUCUCUUCUUUUUCCAUCCACAUUGCCAUUCAGAAGGGCAAGAUUGGGUCUCAGGUUUGUGCUCUCAGAUGUUUUUAUUAAGACAGUGGCAUAUUGGGCUUGGCACACUUCAGUACUCUUUUCUUUGCUAACUAUUACUCAAGAAAGGACAAAAUAUUUUAAAAUGUCAGUGAGAGAUUUGCCUGUAUGCUCAUCAUGUUCAGAUUUUCUGUGAAAAGCUGUGGAUUCUGUUGUAGAAAUUAAGGUCUGAUAACAGUCUCCCUAAAGCACAAGUUGAUGAUCUUUUCCAGAAAGAAAGGGUCUGUAAAACAUUAUGGUGCAUAGUCAUCACCUUUUUUUUUAGUUGAAAGUUUAGUGAUAUUUUGUGCGCCUGUAUGAUUUUCAAAAAUCAUCUGCAGACUUUCUACAGUCUUGCUUCAAGUGGAAAGGAUAUUAAAACUACUAUCCAGGAGUUUUCCAGCUGUAGUUUUUGGAUGUAUACACAGUAUUUUUUUAUUUUUAGUUUUCACCUUAACACUUUCUGGUAAGUUUCAGACAGGAAUUUAUCAUUUUGACAAAUCUUUCAUUUUCAAGGAAGAAUAUCUUUAAUCUUCUGGUGUUCCUUGCUGCAGAGAUAAACUAGUAUAGCUUUACUAUAGUGAGUAAUUUUUGUAUAGACAUACUUUCCUGGGUUUGAAUAUGCUGUAGUGAAGAGAUUUAUUUUUAAGAAAUAUUCAAACGCCUGUAACUCAUUUGCAUUCAAAUAUUUAAGGUAUUGUGCUGAGCUUAUUUUACCUGACCAGCUGUAAGGAUCUGCCCAUAAAGAUACACAAAAGCAAUCUGUGAAUGUACCUGCACGAUGCUACACACAGUCUACAUUUAGGGUGUUAAUUCCCCUGGGACUUUUAACUAUGGUUUAGGUUAGGAGAAUGUGUAAAAUCAAGAAGGGAAUAAAAAAGAAGAAAUAACUGAACAUUAUCAUAGUGGGAAAUUCAGAAGUAAUGGUUGUCUGAACGAAAUGGGUUUUAAAGGCAAAUAGAAUUUGUUUUAGCUACUGCAUAUGCUUUCUGUUGUAUGAAAUCAUUUAAAUCAGCUUUUACAUGAUACACUAAUGCUGCUUUUUCUUUUUGAAUAAAUUAAAUUUAUCUGCACAGAUGUUGAAAAUUCUGCUAACCUUCAUCAAAGCUUUGCUUUAUCUGUUUUUACAUUAAACAAAUUUAUGUGGAGACACAGAGAUAAAUCAGUUUAGGCUUAUAUUUGUUUAUUUAUUCUUCUACCUAAUGCUGUGACAUAACAGGUUGGAAAGCAGUACAGCUGUCUUUAAUCAGAGUUUUGAACUCAUCUUCAUAUACUGCCCACUUAAAGAAUCUGUAUUAAAAUGAGAAUGAAAUUAGCCACAAAAGUCUAUAUACUGUACCAAUUUCAUUGCAUGCUAUCAAAAAAGCUUUGCUACUACAAAAACUAUGCUGUGUCACUAUUUUAAAUGCUGCAAGCAAAACAUAAAAAAUUAGCACUGUUUUGUUAUUACUACUUGUGUACUGCAAAAAAAAACCCCAAAACUAAUUGGCUAUUUUCUUUCUUUAUCAGAUGUAAACAUCAAUUUUAAUAUUAAAGAGGAGGCACA